AUGUCGUGGAAGACGAUGAUCGCUGCUUUCUUCGCUGUUUCUUCCCUUGCGAUCCUCAACGGAGCCCUGGGCGAUCUGAUAUGCGAGGAGCUUCCAGUGGAGCUAUGCGCCUACUCGAUCUCGGACGCAGGGAAGAGGUGCGUGCUGGAGAACUACGUGGCCAGAAAGGGCACGGUGAAUUACCAAUGCAAGACAUCGGAAGUGGUGGUGGACGCCAUGAAGUCAUGGAUCGAGACGGAGGCAUGCAUCAACGACUGCGGCGUCGACAGAAACGCCGUCGGGAUCUCUUCUGAUUACCUCCUGUCCCCCAGCUUCGUCGCCAAGCUCUGCUCCCAGCCCUGCUUCACCUACUGCCCAAACAUCCUCGAUCUCUACUCCAACUUGGCUCAAGCUGAAGGUAAAACAGAAAACACAUAG